AUGACAACCUUUCCAAUUCUAGUGACUAACUUUGGAUAUGAAUGGGAAGUCGCCGAGGCCAAAAACGUAAGGACCAAGUAUAAAGCGGGAUCAGCAGGGGAGAUUACCGCAGAUAUCGCCGUAUACAUGGGUCUCCGAGGGAUCAAUGUAACACUGAAAGCUGAGGGCGAAAACCGCGGUCCUUUUAAUGAGACCAUAAACUACAACGAACACUUCGACUGGAGAUGGGAGCAGGGCAGAAUAGGAUUCGGUAUAUUUUCUGGUCGUUUUCAACAAGAGUUUCGCUCUGCUCAGUUUAGGGGAACCCCCCUUCCCAUUAUCUGGAUUGCUGAGUACUUUAUAUUUGACGGGGAGGGGAUCAGAUGGGGGCGACAUUACAGACAGGCAGGGUGGUACGCCCAUAUCAUGAUGUGGUUGGCCCUUCCUCUCUGGGUUCUGACAAUAAUCCUUUUCUUCAUUCUUUUGAAAUAUGGCGCGUAUUUCCUCAUGUUGACCGGCGGUGUCAUGGUGAUUGCCAAUAUUCUCUGGGCCACCAUAAGAAAUGUUAACGAACUUUUAAUUCCGUUUAGUGCCGAACACAAGCUCGAAUUUCAUUUCGGACCGUCUUUUUAUUUAAAUUUGAUCACAGGUUUAUUAUGCAUUGUGUUGGGCGUCAUUAUCUGGAUUCUCGAUCUCCGAUUCCCAGAACUAGUCACCAAUUUCUUUGGUGUUGACCCACUGCAGGACGACAAUUUUAUACAAGGAGAUAGUUUUGAUACUAUCGAGAAAAAGAACGGCAUGGAAAUGUCCCCUGUGGACGGAAAACCGAAUGGCAGUCACAGCGUCACCCGCCCGCCACGAACCUCUGAAGCAGCGGCGGCAGAAGAUGAUGACGACGAUGAUGACGAAAUAUACGAACCUCCAGUAUUCGAGCCUCCUGCACCAAAAGCAGCCAAGUUUGAGAAGCGUAGAUCACGUGGUUUGACGCAACGUCUGCAGAGACCACGACGUCGCGCGCCACCUCCCGUCCCAGACGACAACGACCAAGAGGACCUUUACAGCAAUACAAGGCAAUUCAGCGGCGUUUUUGACAACAAUGUCCCUUCGUCUGCUAUAAAUCCAGAUCAUGUACAUAUCAACAUGGGAUACCGCCAUUAAAAAUUUUAAGCUCCAUGAAAAUUUACAGAAGGGCUUCCUGUGUAAGGAACUGGUUUCACUUGACAUAUGUUAAUAAUAAAGUAUAUAUAAUGUUUUACAUGUAACUGCAUUUAUGUAUAUUUUCAUUCAUUUUGAUCGUUUAUGAUAGUCCGUAUUUCACGUUUUGAUAUACUUUUC